AACAGAGAUCGAGUCUCUGUGGUACAGUAUAGCAGAGAACCAGAGGCCCACUUCUAUCUGAACACUUACAUGAGAAAAGAAGAGGUUGUUGACACCGUAAGAGGGCUGAAGCACAAAGGAGGGAGACCCCUCAACACUGGAGCAGCUCUCCAGUAUGUCAGGGACUACAUCUUUACUGCCUCCUCUGGAAGUAGGAGCCUUGAAAGUGUUCCACAGAUUCUGAUACUGCUAAAUGGUGGAAGGUCCUUUGACAAUGUAGACAAACCAGCUUCUGCUCUCAAGGAGCUUGGUGUCUUGGUGUUUGGAAUUGGAACAAGGAGCUCUGAUAGCAGAGAAUUACAGAAGAUAUCCUAUGACCCCAGUUAUGCUCUCUCCGUGUCUGAAUUUACUGACCUCCCCAACAUCCAACAGCAGCUUCUUUCUGCCAUGAACACUGCCAUUAUACAGGACACAACCAUGACACCAACACUAAUACCAACAAUGCUAGUUGAGAGUCAGGCUCCCAGGAGGGAUGUUGUGUUCUUGCUGGAUGGAUCUGAUGGCACUAGGAGUGGAUUCCCAGCCAUGCGUGACUUUGUUCAAAGAGUGGUGGAGACACUCAGUGUGGAUGAGAACAAAGAUCGCGUUGCGGUGGUCCAGUACAGUAGAGAUCCAGCCGCCCAAUUCUAUCUGAACACAUACACAACAAAGGGAGAGAUUCUCAACACUGUAAGAGGUCUGAGACACAAAGGCGGGAGACCUCUCAACACUGGAGCAGCUCUCCAGUACGUGAGGGACAAUGUCUUUACUGCCUCCUCCGGAAGCAGACGCUUGGAAGGCGUUCCACAGCUAUUGAUUCUGUUGAGUGGUGGAAGGUCGGUUGACAAUGUUGACACGCCAGCCUCUGCUCUGAAGGAGCUUGGGGUUUUGGUCUUUGGAAUUGGAACAAGGAGCUCUGAUAGCAAAGAAUUGCAGAGGAUAUCACAUGAUCCCAGUUACGCUCUGUCUGUCUCAGACUUUACUGACCUUCCGAGCAUCCAGCAGCAACUUCUGUCCUCGGUGGAGGCAGUGGUUAUUGAUGUUACUCCAGAAUCACCAACAGUUUUAGUUGAUCAUGACACCGCCAGAAAGGAUGUGGUAUUCCUUCUGGAUGGUUCUGAUGGCACAAGGAAUGGAUUCCCAGCAAUGCGUGAUUUUGUUCAGAGAGUAGUAGAGAAACUCAAUGUGGGAGGAGACAAAGACCGCGUUUCUGUGGUCCAGUACGGUAGAGAUCAAGAAGUUAAUUUCUAUCUGAACACAUACACCACGAAGGGCGACAUUCUUGACAUCGUCAGAGGUCUGAGGCACAGAGGAGGUAGACCCCUCAACACUGGGGCAGCCCUCCAGUAUGUAAGGGACAACGUCUUUACUGCCUCCUCAGGAAGCAGAAGCCAAGAGGGUGUCCCUCAGAUGCUGAUACUGCUGAGUGGCGGGAGGUCCAAUGAUAAUGUUGAAAUACCAGUUUCUGCCCUGAAAGAGAGUGGGGUCUUGAUCUUUGGCAUUGGAAACAGAAAUUCUAGCAAAGAGGUUCAAAGGAUUGCCUCUGACCCCAGUUAUUCCCAGUCUGUUUCUGAAUUCUCUGAUCUCCCCAGCGUCCAGGAUAAGUUUUUCUCCUCACUCAUUACUGUACACGUUGGCGCCACACCCAUUUCCCCAACAGUCAUAGUGGACCUAAGCAUUGCCAGAAAGGAUGUAGUAUUCUUGCUGGAUGGUUCUGAUGGCACUAGGAAUGGCUUCCCAGAAAUGCAGGCCUUUGUUCAAAGAGUAGUGGAGAAACUCACUGUAGGGGAGAACAGAGAUCGAGUCUCUGUGGUACAGUAUAGCAGAGAACCAGAGGCCCACUUCUAUCUGAACACUUACAUGAGAAAAGAAGAGGUUGUUGACACCGUAAGAGGGCUGAAGCACAAAGGAGGGAGACCCCUCAACACUGGAGCAGCUCUCCAGUAUGUCAGGGACUACGUCUUUACUGCCUCCUCUGGAAGUAGGCGCCUUGAAAGUGUUCCACAGAUUCUAAUACUGCUAAAUGGUGGAAGGUCCUUUGACAAUGUAGAUAAACCAGCUUCUGCUCUCAAGGAGCUUGGUGUCUUGGUGUUUGGAAUUGGAACAAGGAGCUCUGAUAGCAGAGAAUUACAGAAGAUAUCCUAUGACCCCAGUUAUGCUCUCUCCGUGUCUGAAUUUACUGACCUCCCCAACAUCCAACAGCAGCUUCUUUCUGCCAUGAACACUGCCAUUAUACAGGACACAACCAUGACACCAACACUAAUACCAACAAUACUAGUUGAGAGUCAGGCUCCCAGGAGGGAUGUUGUGUUCUUGCUGGAUGGAUCUGAUGGCACUAGGAGUGGAUUCCCAGCCAUGCGUGACUUUGUUCAAAGAGUGGUGGAGACACUCAGUGUGGAUGAGAACAAAGAUCGCGUUGCGGUGGUCCAGUACAGUAGAGAUCCAGCCGCCCAAUUCUAUCUGAACACAUACACAACAAAGGGAGAGAUUCUCAACACUGUAAGAGGUCUGAGACACAAAGGCGGGAGACCUCUCAACACUGGAGCAGCUCUCCAGUACGUGAGGGACAAUGUCUUUACUGCCUCCUCCGGAAGCAGACGCUUGGAAGGCGUUCCACAGCUACUGAUUCUGUUGAGUGGUGGAAGGUCGGUUGACAAUGUUGACACGCCAGCCUCUGCUCUGAAGGAGCUUGGGGUUUUGGUCUUUGGAAUUGGAACAAGGAGCUCUGAUAGCAGAGAAUUGCAGAGGAUAUCACAUGAUCCCAGUUACGCUCUGUCUGUCUCAGACUUUACUGACCUUCCAAGCAUCCAGCAGCAACUUCUGUCCUCGGUGGAGGCAGUGGUUAUUGAUGUUACUCCAGAAUCACCAACAGUUUUAGUUGAUCAUGACACCGCCAGAAAGGAUGUGGUAUUCCUUCUGGAUGGUUCUGAUGGCACAAGGAAUGGAUUCCCAGCAAUGCGUGAUUUUGUUCAGAGAGUAGUAGAGAAACUCAAUGUGGGAGGAGACAAAGACCGCGUUUCUGUGGUCCAGUACGGUAGAGAUCAAGAAGUUAAUUUCUAUCUGAACACAUACACCACGAAGGGCGACAUUCUUGACAUCGUCAGAGGUCUGAGGCACAGAGGAGGUAGACCCCUCAACACUGGGGCAGCCCUCCAGUAUGUAAGGGACAACGUCUUUACUGCCUCCUCAGGAAGCAGAAGCCAAGAGGGUGUCCCUCAGAUGCUGAUACUGCUGAGUGGCGGGAGGUCCAAUGAUAAUGUUGAAAUACCAGUUUCUGCCCUGAAAGAGAGUGGGGUCUUGAUCUUUGGCAUUGGAAACAGAAAUUCUAGCAAAGAGGUUCAAAGGAUUGCCUCUGACCCCAGUUAUUCCCAGUCUGUUUCUGAAUUCUCUGAUCUCCCCAGCGUCCAGGAUAAGUUUUUCUCCUCACUCAUUACUGUACACGUUGGCGCCACACCCAUUUCCCCAACAGUCAUAGUGGACCUAAGCAUUGCCAGAAAGGAUGUAGUAUUCUUGCUGGAUGGUUCUGAUGGCACUAGGAAUGGCUUCCCAGAAAUGCGGGCCUUUGUUCAAAGAGUAGUGGAGAAACUCACUGUAGGGGGAGAACAGAGAUCGAGUCUCUGUGGUACAGUAUAGCAGAGAACCAGAGGCCCACUUCUAUCUGAACACUUACAUGAGAAAAGAAGAGGUUGUUGACACCGUAAGAGGGCUGAAGCACAAAGGAGGGAGACCCCUCAACACUGGAGCAGCUCUCCAGUAUGUCAGGGACUACGUCUUUACUGCCUCCUCUGGAAGUAGGCGCCUUGAAAGUGUUCCACAGAUUCUGAUACUGCUAAAUGGUGGAAGGUCCUUUGACAAUGUAGAUAAACCAGCUUCUGCUCUCAAGGAGCUUGGUGUCUUGGUGUUUGGAAUU